GCCUUGAGAGGGAGAGAAUAGUCAACCAUGAGCUGUGGCACUCGGUCAACGGUUGAUCAACCUCUCACCUCUUCUUCUUAUUUAGACAUCAAUCUCUCUCUCUCUCUCUCUCUCUCUCUCUCUCUCAUUGAAGUUGGUGGGAGCUUUCAGCGUUACGUGCUAUUUCGUGUUUUGGGUUGAUAAGAAAGACACCAUUUUCUCCUCUGCUGCUUUCUGGGUUUUGAAGCUGAACAAAAAUGGCGAAGCAGCGGUCAAAUGUGCCAAAAUUUGGCAACUGGGAAAACGAACAAAAUGAUGUUCCUUACACGGUUUACUUCAACAAUGCAAGGAAAAAUAAGGGAGGAAAGAUGAUAAAUCCAAACGAUCCUCUAGAGAAUCCAGAGAUGUUUGCUCAUCUAGAACCUUCGCCUCUUGCUGCUGCCGCUCCUCCGACUCCUCCACAAAAACCGAGAGCCAGGCCAGAGGAGCCAAUCGGGAGAGGGGCCGUGAGGCCCGCCCCCGACCAAAGAGAUGGUGAUUUUAGGCAGAUCAAUUCUUCUUCUACUAGGAAUGAGCCAAAUUAUGGUGGUCGUGGUCGUGGCCAGAGGUCCGCUCGCUCUGCAAGGCCGCCUAGUGCAGGCUCGGAGUUGAGCUUUGAGCGUUCGCCUCUUCAUCCUCAGCCUCGCCCUCAAGCAAAUGCUGUGGCCCGAGCCACUGGAUCUCCGGCUUGGGAAGGUCCUAGAAGCCAUGAUAGUAGCCAUGGCACGCCUUCUAGGUCGCGUCUCAGGCCAGUUCGUCCGGAUGAAAGUCAUGAGAAAGGAGCGGCGGUUCCAAGAUUUGGUGAAUGGGACGAGAACGACCCUCAGUCAGCUGAAAACUUCACGCACAUAUUCAACAAAGUGAGGGAGGAUCGGAACAUGAGUGAGGCCGGGAAUGGCUCGACUACUCCGAAGCAUCCAUCCUACGCACCACAACGCUCCAACGAGCCUAAGGUUAGACCAACAUCAUCUAUCUAUCUAUCUAUCAGUUCAAACCUUUGAUUUGAUGUGCUGUUUUUGGUCUCAUCUCUUGCUGCUUUUCUUGUAGCAAUGCUGCUUUCCGUGGUGGUGAAAAGCCUCUUACUAGACCUAUCUCUCAACUCUUCACAAUAAAUGUGAUGUUCAUCAUCUAUGUGCUUUUUUGAGGGCUUGUUACUCAUUUCAUCCUACUCCACUUUGUACCAUCUUUUGGAAUAGAGAUUAGUUGUUUGUGUUAGAUAUGAUUCGUUUCUCUUCUUCUUUUUUUUGGGCCAAUGUAUUUCGAUUGUACAUCUUUCUUCAUAUUUUUUGUUCCCAUUUGCGAAUUGCGUUGUAGUUUUUUUCUUUUUCGAAUGCAUUGUUGUUCUCAUAAAUCAUUCUAGUUCAAAUGCAAUCAAUUCACUCGUA